GAAGACGAAAAGUCAAACAAAACCAACAGCGUGGCGGAACCCGCACGAUCUCCCCAAAAAUUUAACUCCCCAUCCCAAACGCUGCCUUAACGCCAACCACCGGAAUCCCCCGAACCGCCCCUCCGCCCCCCAAUGAACCCGGUUCCCUCUCUCUCCUCCCCCCUUCUCUCUCCUCGCCGGACCAUCUGAAUCUGGGUUUUUCUGGUUCCGAAAUGGCGGGGCCCGAGAGCCUAGAUGGUUCAUCGCCGCCGCCGGCCGCUCCGGUCACGGCGAAGAAGUACGGCGUGACGAAGCCGAUAUCGGUCGCGGGGCCGACGGAGGUGGAUUUCCAACGAAACACGGAUUUGGAAAAGCUUUUGAUUGAUUCGGGGCUUUACGAGAGCAACGAAGAUGCUGCGAAGAGGGAAGCUGUCCUUGGGCGCAUAGAGGAGGUUGUGAAACGUUGGGUGAAGCAUUUAACACAGCAGAGAGGUUACACAGAUCAAAUGGUGGAAGAUGCAAAUGCUUUAAUAUUUACUUUUGGGUCAUUUCGGCUGGGGGUGCAUGGGCCUGGGUCUGACAUGGAUACCUUGUGUGUUGGGCCAUCUUAUGUGAAUAGAGAGGAAGAUUUCUUUAUUACAUUGCAUGAUAUGCUGGCUGAAAUGGAAGAAGUUACUGAGCUUCAACCUGUUCCAGAUGCUCAUGUCCCAGUAAUGAAGUUUAAGUUUCAGGGAAUAUCAAUUGAUCUCCUUUAUGCAAGUAUAUCAGUAUUGGUUGUACCACAUGAUUUGGACAUCUCAGAUGGCUCUGUGCUUUAUGACAUUGAUGAGCAAACUGUUCGAAGUCUUAAUGGAUGCAGGGUUGCAGAUCAGAUUCUGAAACUUGUCCCAAAUAUUGAGCACUUCCGCACAACACUCAGAUCUUUGAAGUUUUGGGCUACAAGACGUGGAGUUUAUUCAAAUGUUACCGGAUUUCUUGGUGGUGUAAAUUGGGCUCUUUUGGUUGCUCGGAUUUGCCAGCUUUAUCCCAAUGCAAUUCCCAGUAUGUUGGUCUCUAGAUUCUUCAGAGUCUAUACACAGUGGCGUUGGCCUAACCCUGUGAUGUUAUGCCCAAUAGAAGAAAAUGAACUUGGCUUUCCUGUGUGGGACCCUCGGAGAAACCCUCGAGAUCGAACUCAUCAUAUGCCAAUUAUAACCCCAGCCUACCCUUGCAUGAAUUCUAGCUAUAAUGUCUCUACCAGCACUCUUAGGGUUAUGAUGGACCAAUUCCAGCAUGGUAACAAGGUCUGUGAGGAGAUUGAGCUGAACAAAGCCCAGUGGAGUGCUCUGUGUGAGCCUUACCUGUUUUUUGAGGAAUACAAAAACUAUCUGCAGAUUGACAUAAUUGCAGCUGAUGCUGAUGAUUUACUAGCUUGGAGAGGCUGGGUGGAAUCUAGGCUUAGACAACUUACUCUCAAGAUAGAACGGGACACAUAUGGCAUGUUGCAGUGUCACCCUUAUCCCAAUGAGUAUGGGGACUCAUCCAAGCCAUGCCCGCAUUGUGCAUUCUUCAUGGGCUUGCAGAGGAAACAGGGGGUAAAAGUUCAAGAAGGCCAGCAAUUUGACAUACGCGCAACAGUUGAGGAGUUUAAGCAAGAUGUAAACAUGUACAUGUUCUGGAAACCGGGUAUGGAUAUUCAUGUUUCUCAUGUUCGUAGGAAGCAAAUUCCUGCAUACGUUUUUCCGGAUGGAUAUAAACGUUCACGACCAUUGAGGCACACAAACCAGCAGGCAGAAAGAACUUCUGAAGAAGAUGCUGAAGGCUGCAGGUCUCAAUCUGUGGAAAAACAGCUCAAAAGGAAAAAAGAUUCUGAAUUAGUGGAUGCAGAGAAAGAUAUACCAGCGAAGCGGGUUUCUAUUAGCCCACAGAGGGUAGGGUCCGUUUCUCCAGCAAGUGUUAUAAGUACCUCUGGCGGAACAUCUCAGGCCAGAUGCUCUGUGGAGGUUAAAUUAGAGCCUUCACCAAAGAUCAAGAUGGAUUAUAAUGAGGCUGGAUGUACUAGGAGGGUUUUGAAUCUGGAAGAGGGUCCUGUUGAUGGUGUGGGAGAGCCAAUGAAACCAUGUAAGCAGUUGGCGCAGGGGGAAAAUGACAAUAGUGCAUUGGCAUCAAAUUUCAGCAUUCAAUCCCUCAAUGGCGAGGGUAAUUCAUGUGCAGAAGAUCUAGACACGCGUUUGGAAAAUGGGUGUUUAAAUCGAAGCAGAGUAUUUGAAAACAGCUUGGCGGAAACGUUAGAGCCUACUCUUGCACUUGGAGUGGUGGUGGAACCCCAAGGUGGGGCAACUUCUGAAUCAGUGCAGAAGCCCGAGAUGAGGCAUGUAUUUCGAAGCCCUAAGCUUUGUGACGUGAUGCAUGUUGUCUUUAUUCUAUCCUAUUUGGUUGUUUCUUUGCCUUUUUUUUUAGCAGGUUAAGUCUGGAAUCAACAGCAUAACAUUUGGAGAAGAAUCCUUCACAUAGUUGAUCAUGUACGAGGGGAGAGGUACACUUUUAUUAUCUUGUCGAUUUGGGCAAGGGGUGUGGAAACUGGGAGAAAUGUGCCGGACGGGUCCUUCAGUGUGCGGUUCUUGCUGUUGUUUGCUGGGCUGUUGAAGACGUACUUAAUACGAAAAGAAAGAACAAAAAAGGAAAAGGAAGAUGCUCUGAGCCUUGGGAUUAUCUAUUGGAAUGGAACUUGGGGGUUAAACUUGGCAGCUAUUUUGAGCAGCUUUUUGGUCCUUGGUUCGUUUGUUGUGGAAAGUUUCUGCCUUUCUGUAAUAUUAUGGAAUACUUGGACUGAUUGUAGUCGCUUGUUUAGUCGAGGUGAGUUGGGAGUUGUUAGGAUACCCUAACGUCUGUUCGGCCUGUUAGGAAACCCUAAUGUAUGUUUGGCCCUGUGACUUUUAGCAAACGUUUGUGACAUGGGUGUACUUGUGCUUUUAUGAUACAAUUUUAUUGUAGUC